AUGAAUGUCGGAUUCGACCAGCACGCCGGCGACGCGCUGUUGGACUUGACUGCUUUCGACAACCAGCGGAACCGCUACCCAUACAGCACACAGACAGCUGCUACCAAUCCCCUCAUCAUGGCGCCCACGAGACCCGGCGCCUGGUCGAUACCCAUCGAUAUGGCGACCGUGCCGAAUCACACAAACUCGACGGCAGUCUCGUCGCCGAGCGAGUCCCACCACUCCCGCUCGCAUUCGCAGCAUUCUCAGUACUCGCAUUCUCAGCACUCACACUCGCCUUCUCCAAGUCAACAUAGCGCGAGUCCGCUACAGCAAUCUCCGACUUUUCCAAGCGUUACCCACGUCCACUCGCCAGCAUUGCUAACCGACUGGACCCUGCUGCAGCACCAGCAGCAACACACGGGCCCGCACGAUAUCUCGCAGUUCAUCAGCGAGCAGCCUCUGCUUCCCUUCAACGCGUUUCCGACGAGUUUCCAGGCCAAUGCUCUCGGCUACCUCCCCGCGACGACUCAGGCUCCUUUGGAUCCUAUGACCGUGGGCGCAUUCAAUGGCAUGCCUCCGCUAGACGAUGCUCAUGCCAUGCAGCAGAACUGGGACGGUAUGGGCAUGGCCAAUUGGCAGGAUUUCGGUACCUCGUUGCAAUUCCCCGCAGAUGGACUACCCCGUUUCGGAAGCUUGGGAAGCCAAUCUCCUACGGGCACUUAUUUGGAGGUUCUAUCUCUUGGCUCGAGUGAUAAUGGCUGGAGCCAGGUCGAUAUGUAUCAAAACUACGAUCAGUACCAGCAGGUCCAGGCUCAAGCCCAGGCCCAGAACGCUGCCAUCUUCAACCCUGGUCAGACUCUUCAUCUGAGAACGAGUUCCGAUGCAUCUCACUCUGAUGGAAGUCAGCACUUGGAUCUCAGCAGCAGCUACGAAGAGAUUCCUCCAUUCAAUUACUCCCCGUUCUCGCCUGAGUCGGACACUUACUCAGACCCCUCGAACCACAGGAAUUGCAACCAUGGCGAGGCUCACCACACCCACGAGACCGUCAGCCCUGCUUCGGCCGUCGCUCCUGUCUCUGUCAAGUCCACAGCUUCGUCGCCCUCAUCAAGCAGAAGCCCUGGAUCUGGCUCCGGUGUCGUUUCGCCCUCCCAGCCUACCGUGCGACGGAACUCGGGUCCGAGAAAGAGCCCUAUUGCCAAGUCUACCACAAGCAAGGGCGUCACGAGGAGGACGUCAAAUGGUAAGAAGGAUGGCACUGUUGAGAAGAAGGUUGGCCGAAGAAAGGGCCCUCUUCUUCCCGAGCAAAGAAAGCAGGCAAGUGAGAUCCGGAAGCUGCGUGCCUGCUUGCGUUGCAAGUUCCUCAAGAAGACGUGCGACACCGGUGAACCCUGCAAUGGUUGCCAGCCCUCCCACGCUCGUCUCUGGCAAGUCCCCUGUACCCGUAUUGAUAUCAAGGAUAUCGGAUACUUCAUGAAGGACUGGAAGGCCGACUAUGAGCGUCACCUCGUUCGUGGCGUCUCAGUCUACAAUGUCAAGGGCUUCGCCAAGGAUGAAACGCUCAUGUGGAUCACCCACGGAUAUGGCUUCUGCCUGCCUGUCAUGGUCCGUCAGGUCUAUGUGGCUGAUGAAAGCUGCUUCCUGGUUGACUGGGUUGAGUCUUACCAAUCCGAUCAAGAGCCGAUUGAGUUUGACAUCAAGACCGAGAAGCUCGAUGUGGGCGAAAAGGGCAUCAGCCACGAGGCGUUGGCCGAGUAUCUCGACAAGCACAUCGAUGGUGCUUUCGAGUCCUUCAUUGACGACCACUUUGAAGGCACUCCAUUCAUCACCGAGAUCCUGAAGACUGCUCACCGAUUCUACGUCAAGGAGCAGUUGCCUGUUCUUCGCAAGGCACUGAAGCUUGUGUUGGCAUACAACCUUACCAUGCACAUCACACUUGUUGAGCAGCAAGGAUCCGAGCACAUGAUGGAGGGUCAGAUUGAUGAUGAGGACUCCAAGUACUAUGGAAAGUAUGUUGCUCCCGUCCUGAUCAACUUCCAGAUCAAGUGCGCUAUGGCCGAGAUGUGGCGCGAGCUUCAGAAGGAUAUUCUGGAGGAGCUUUCAGCUUUGUACUCCAGUGUCUACAGUGGUGACCGCCUCAAGAACUGGCCAACAAUCUUCAUGCUGGCCUGCGUCUUGCUCGCUGUCUGGGAAGAGAUGCAGUUCGACUGCCACUACCGAGUGCCCGACCCCGCUGCGGUUGAGAAGUUCUGCAGUGACAUGGAGACAACCCCUGUCGGUGUCAUUACUGGACUCUUCCACGCCAUCUCCCAGAAGUUGCCCGCCCUGACCGACUGGGACAGCCAGCGCCACGGCCAGUUGCUCAACAACAAUGUUGCUGUCUGCGAGGCCAUGACUGAAGUUCGGCAACAUGUCCUCAAGCAUGAAUCAUACUUGAGGACACGAAACAACUCCAAGUUUGACAGAUACGACUUCGACUCCUUGUCGAACAAGUUCCUGUCAAAGCUGGUCAUUAAGGCCAAUUGA